AUGGUGAAAGCUGCUGUUCUUGGAGCAUCUGGCGGAAUUGGCCAGCCGCUUUCUCUCCUCCUGAAAACGUGCCCGCUGGUUGACGAGCUUGCUCUUUACGAUGUGGUCAACACUCCCGGUGUUGCUGCCGACCUCUCUCAUAUCUCCUCCGUUGCGAAAAUCUCCGGCUUCUUGCCCAAGGAUGACGGCUUGAAGCACGCACUGACCGGAACCGAUGUGGUUGUCAUCCCCGCUGGAAUCCCUCGGAAGCCGGGCAUGACCCGUGACGACCUUUUCAAGGUCAACGCUGGAAUCGUACGCGACUUGGUUAAGGGCAUCGCUGAGUUUGCUCCUAAAGCCUUCAUCCUCAUCAUUUCAAACCCCGUCAACUCUACGGUCCCGAUUGCCGCGGAAGUGCUCAAAGCGGCCGGCGUUUUCGACCCCCAGCGCCUGUUUGGUGUUACCACAUUGGAUGUUGUCCGUGCCGAGACCUUUACCCAAGAAUUCUCGGGCCAGAAGAACCCCUCCGCCGUUCAGAUCCCCGUCGUGGGCGGCCACUCGGGCGAGACCAUUGUUCCUCUUUUCAGCAAGACCGCCCCCUCGUUCCAGAUCCCCGCAGACAAGUACGAUGCAUUGGUCAAACGUGUCCAAUUUGGUGGCGAUGAGGUCGUUAAGGCGAAGGAUGGCGCAGGAUCCGCCACGCUUUCCAUGGCCUUUGCCGGAUUCAGGUUUGCGGAGAGUGUCAUCAAGGCUUUCAAGGGCGAGAAGGGCAUCGUCGAACCCACCUUUGUCUAUUUGCCCGGCGUGCCCGGCGGUGAAGCUAUUGCCAAGGCAGCGGGUGUUGACUUCUUCUCUACUCAUGUAGAACUCGGGUCUAAGGGCGCCGAGAAGGCAAUCAACGUCCUCGAGGGCGUGACCGAACAGGAGAAGAAGCUUCUUGGAGCUUGCACGGAGGGUCUGAAGGGCAAUAUUGAAAAGGGCAUCAACUUCAUCCAGAACCCACCACAAAAGUAA